AUGGGAAUGAACAUAAUGGGACUACAAAUGGAUCUCUUGAAUGGGGAAAAACUGAUGCUACUAAAGCUCACAGAGAAAUACCCAUCCUUGAGAGAGAGAUCAGAGACAACUUAUCUUAUUGUGAAAAUUUCCUUGCAGCCUUGGGAAGCAUUUCGCACUGAUAGGGUUAUAAUAUUUUCUGACAUACUCACUCCUCUUCCUGCUGCUUUUGGGGUUCCUUUUGACAUAGAAGAAGUCAGAGGCCCUGUCAUCCAGUCACCUAUUCGUGAUGAAGAUGCCUUGAAAGAAUUGCAUCCAAUUGACUUGGAAAAGCUUAAUUCUGUUGGCGAAUCUCUUAAAAUUUUGCGCAAUGAGGUUGGUGACAAGGCUGCUGUUCUGGGUUUUGUGGGUGCACCCUGGACUAUAGCAACAUACAUAGUGAAAGGGGGUACUACUCGCACCUACACCACAAUAAAAAGUAUGUACCACACAUCACCUUAUGUCCUCGAGACUCUUCUGUCACACAUAACGGAGGCAAUUACUGACUACGUGAUUUACCAAGUUAAGUAUGGAGCUCACUGUAUUCAAAUAUUUGAUUCAUGGGGUGGAGAAUUACCACCACAUAUGCGGGAACACUGGUCUAAGCCUUACAUUAAACAGAGUUUAAUCAUGAAGCUUGAACAAACUUCACUCGGGAAACUAACUCCAAGCACCAAAGCAUACAAAGUAAGAGCCAAAGUGAUAGAAAAGUCACAGCCACAACAAUCACCAAACAAGCUUCCAACGCCUUGUAAUUGAGGAUACUGAGGGUAACCAUCUUGGAGGUACUCUUUUUGGUGAUGAAAUAGAUACUUUUAAGGACGUCCUACAACUAGGGAAAGAAUAUGAGAUCGCAAAUGCUCCACUGAAACCAAUAGAUCCAAAGUACCAAAAAAGAGAAAAUGACUGCCAGAUGACAUUCGGCGAUGCCAACUGCGGGUCCAUUUCUGCCAAAUUAUAUCUUCAUCAACUCAACUCCAAAAACCAGCUUUAAAAAUGAAUGCUUCGAAGAGGUCAGGAAAGUACCAACAUCAGGAGGAAACAUGAUGGAUGUACAUGAAAUCAUAGUCACUGACCAAAGGUACAUAAACAAUGACAAUAAUAACCUAAUAUAACAAUGUAUUCCACCACUUAUACAAAACUCCAAAACUAUCCAUGACUCUAUAUGGCAUGAUAAACAACACUGAACAACCGCUCACCAUCUCAAUGUGGGGAGGCCUUGCUGUUAUUGACACUGAGAAGCUGGCAGGUGGGGUGCUAAGCCCAAUAGUUGCAGCCUUCACUCACUUACGACCCACCACAUAUAAAGGGUUCUCCCUUGCAAGCUCAAUGUCAACUACUAUCAUCUCAGAUCCUACGGGGGAAGAAGCAUAUGCUCUUUGAACAUGUUAAGCAAUGAAAAACUCGAUGCACUUACAAUAUGUAAUGCUAAUCAACUGUACUAAAUUUGUUUAAAACAUCCUAGGAUGAAAGAAAAACAAGAAAUGCUUCUUGACCAAGCAAUAAAAAUACUGCACAUCAGAACACCAUCAAGAACAACAGCAGCCAAAACUAUUAGUGAAAUUGAGCAGAAAAAUGCUGGAAACACAAUGCAAGAAGAACGCCAUUAGAUACAUGCCACUAUCCCUGAUGCUCAGUUGGAAAACCUGAUUGCUUACCAAGGAUGUAACAACUGUGGAAAGCAUUGCCAAGAAGCAAGGGACACAACCUUCAAAUGCCUACACUGCUCAAAAAAAAAAAAUUACCGCCACAGUCAGGGUAAAUUUCACAAUCGAUGUGAGUGACGCCACUAGGACUCUAAGACUCACUGCUUUUCGCAACUGCUUUUGCUGAAGACUGCGAAAAGCUCAUUGGUCUCCCUAAUUUUGAGAUAUAUGAGAAGAAAUACUCAACAAAAAACAUUACCUUCAUUAUCAGACAGGGUGAUUGGCCGGAAUUUGAAGAAAUAGCUACCAACCUGAGGACGAAGACCAUACAUUUCCAAAUUGCACCAACAAUUUCUCUCACUAGAAUCGGGGUCCUCAAAUGGGCUACAAGAAGAUCGAAAUUUGACUAAACAUGCAACGGCUACAAGAAAAAAGCAACAAGCAGUUGUUUCUCCUUAAACAGCCCCUUAUCCUUAGCUAUAUAAUUAUAUUGCUUUAGUACUACCAAGGAAAAAAAAAACAAAGAACGUGUCCUAUAAGGACACUCUUUGCAAAACAUUAUAUAUAUCUAUGUACUUAGUAAUAUUAGGCUUCAACUAAAUUUAUGUGCCAUGUAAGAACUCUUUUAUUGACAUCAAAUAAUAAAUGGCAAGUUAGGCUAUUAUACAACAACACCUUUUGUAAGCUCAAUUACAAGAUCAUUGCACCACUCCAACAUGAUAGUCAGAACACCAACUUAACGCACCAAAAACAUACAACUUUGGUUGUAAUAUACUAUACAAUUCACACACACAACUAAUUUACAAUUGCCUUUACAAAACACCAACACACACCCGAUUGAUUUAAAAAGAUAAAAUCUAACAGAAAAUGUAAGUAUUAAGCCAAUAACAAACAACACAAUAUAAACAAGAAAGGGCAAGCCGCUUUGCGCGCAUCGCGUGCAUUGGCUCCCCUAGUAUAUAUAUACAUAUGUGAGAACCAAGGUGAAUAAUAGGAAAUAGGAACUAAUUUCAUCCAUUGAUCGCACUCCAUCUCAUGACUCACGUUGCACCCG